GGGAGCUUCUCGGCGAGGAUGCCCGGAGCGGCUGCAGGGACGGCGGCGACGGGAGCGGGCUCGGCGGGAGCGGCAGCAGCGGGGAUGCUCCCGGCUCAGGAGGCGGCCAAGAUCUACCACACCAACUACGUACGGAACUCGCGGGCCAUCGGCGUGCUCUGGGCCAUCUUCACCAUCUGCUUUGCCAUCGUCAACGUGGUGUGCUUCAUCCAGCCCUACUGGAUCGGAGACGGCGUGGACACGCCGCAGGCGGGCUACUUCGGGCUCUUCCACUACUGCAUCGGCAACGGCUUCAGCCGGGAACUCACCUGCCGGGGCAGCUUCACGGACUUCUCCAGCCUGCCCUCGGGAGCGUUCAAAGCCGCCUCCUUCUUCAUCGGGCUCUCGAUGAUGCUCAUCAUCGCCUGCAUCGUCUGCUUCAUCCUCUUCUUCUUCUGCAACACGGCCACCGUCUACAAGAUCUGUGCCUGGAUGCAGCUGACCUCGGCUGCCUGUCUCGUCCUGGGUUGUAUGAUUUUUCCUGAUGGCUGGGAUUCAGAUGAGGUAAAACGGAUGUGUGGUGAAAAGACAGACAAGUACACGCUGGGGGCUUGUUCAGUCCGCUGGGCUUAUAUCCUGGCUAUUAUUGGAAUCUUGGAUGCCCUGAUCCUCUCAUUUCUGGCAUUUGUGCUUGGCAACAGACAAGACAGCUUGCUAGCAGAGGAGCUCAAGUUGGAAAACAAAGAUGAUGGAAAUGCUUAAAACAAGUUAAGGUAGUAUGACACAGACUGAUUCCUUCUAAGCCAAUCCUCACUAGAAUGAGCACAAAACAAAAUGAACAACAGCUUUUGUACAUCAACAUUAAAACGGGAAGAAGCUUGGGAAAGGGCCUCCAAGAGAGAAGAACGCUGACGAGAGCAAAACCGCCUGAUUGGUAAACGCUACCUUCUAACAUAGACCAGCCAGACGUGGAAGGGAUUUCUAGAAGAGAAAUGCAAUCAUGGAUUACACACCAGCUCAUUAGAAACUGUUGCUGAAUACAGCAUUCGGAAGACAUGCAUGAAAAGUCACAUUUGGGGAAUAAAUUAAAAGGGGUGUAGUUGUUGCUAGACAAACAUAUGUAAAAUAUAUGCAUCAGGAGGUUUGUAAAUGUCAUUUUUUUUAUUCAGACAGAAAGCAAAAAGCUUUAAAACCUUUCACAGUAGAGAGGCAGUUAACUCCAGACUAUUCCUAUCCCAGUAGCCAAGAAGCUGAUAGGACAUCUCUUAAAUAAGCAUUUAUAAAUAGACUCUGAAUGUCUCCAUCAUCUAGUGGAAAAGCAAAACUUUUAAUGCUACAUUUCUGCACUUCAUUUACUUCAGUGUAUAAUAAGUUGACUAAAACUGUAAUGCUUCUCAAUUUUUAUGGCAUAUGUGCUCCAAUUAAUCUAUGUCUGUAACAAAUUUAAAACUGAGAAAUUAUUUCUGACCUAUAAUCUAGUUCUAUGAAGCAUACAUAGUAUAAGAUAUGUCUGACUGAAUAUCAUCAUGCUAUAAUUUCCCAAGCAACAUAGAAUUCUUUGCAUUUAAAGUGACAAAAUAUAAGCAUUUGAUUUCUUUUUUCAUAGGAAAAAGCGAUUUACCCUUUAAAUGUACAACGUACCUGUAAGGGCAUUUCUGUUCUUUUCCCUGUUCUGCCACACAACUUCAGGGGAAGAUCUCUGGCCCCACUACUGCCAAUCAGGCUUGGUGAUUAAAUGUCCUUUAUGGCCUUAACUCCACGCAUCAGUGAAGAGACAACAAACAAAUGCUCACUGUGGACAGUGGGGCACAGGGGUGUGCAGAGCCCAGGGCUCCCAUCUGCAGGAGCCACCCAACGGGCACCCUCCUUCCAGAGCAGGAAACAGAUGGAGACACAGGGUACUGAGA